UUAGCAUUUAAAGCUCAUGCGUCUUUCUUAACUCUGCCUCACUCCUCACCACUGUCGUAAGGGCAUUUGUAUGGCCCUUCAUUCAUUUUUUUCAUCAACAUAACAACUAGUAACAAAAAUAACAACAUCAACAAAUUUAAUUGAAUCUAAUCCCAAAGUCUCACCAAACUCAUCACAAUCAUGGCAAAUGAUGCAGCUCUAAGAGCCUGUUUACUUUGGCUAGCAGUAAUUAUACUGGCAGUUGGUGUAUUCACACACUCAUUCAAGAAGAUGAUGGUUACCUAUGUGUUGGGUCUUGUUGGUAUUUCUUGUCUUCUUUUACCUGAUUGGGAUUAUUUUAACCGUGAUAUUUCACGUUGGCCUUAUCCUGUUACUGUUGAGGAAAGAACAGAAGCUGCGUUUACUCAUGGAUCUGGAUUUUCAAGGUUUACUAAGUCUCCUCUGAGGGUGAUUACUUACAGCUUAAUUUAUGGAUAUGCUAUUUACAAAUGGUGGGAGUAUGUAUGUGGCUAAUUAUGAAACCAGUUUUGUGAUAGUAAUAGUUUUUUUUUAAUCUCAGCUUGUUUAACUUAGAGUAAUGCAUAAACUGCUAGAGUGAUUGUUGACUGGGUACUUCAAUUUUCAGUAGAACAAUCAAAGGGAUGGAGAAAAUGAGAUCAUCCAACUUUUCUUGUGUACCAGGCUAAUGAUUGAUGAGUUUUGAUUUGCAAACUUUUAAGUAUAUGUUUUUCCUCUUCAAA